AUGCUGUCAUUCAAUAGAGGCUUCCUUUUGCUUCGUGAUCUUACUGGGAAAUUAUUUAUUAACCACUUUGAAAGAUCAGAUUUCGGUCAAGUUUACAAGAAUGACAGAAGAAAAAUCAUUGCAAAUUUGGGAUGUCGAGAAAACGGUUUUACUGAUAAAUUAAUGCUUAAAACACUUGUAAAAACGAAUGAUUUAAAAUAUCUACGGCUUAAAACAUACGUAACAAACAACUUUUCACAAACUCUAAUUUAUUUAUCAGCAUCUUUUCAGUGA